CUGUACAUUAGAUCUUUCCAACAGCGAACGUUUUACAAAUUCUUUUUUUCUUAAAACAUUUUCCAUUUCGUUUUCAAUUUUCUUCUUCACCGAUGCUUUGAUCACCAAACCAAAAUCGAACGCUCUAUUUCUCCUGAUCCGGAUACGCCACCGCCGAUCCAAUAAUUUCUUAACGUGGGACGCCAUCCACUGGAUAGAAGAUGCCGGUGGCCGCUUCUGCUAUUUACUUCUUGAAUCUCCGCGGUGAUGUCCUCAUCAAUCGUCUCUACCGGGACGAUGUCGGGGGAAACAUGGUGGAUGCCUUCCGAAUGCACAUUAUGCAAACGAAAGAACUGGGAACUUGUCCCGUUCGACAGAUUGGAGGUUGCUCUUUCUUUUAUAUGAGAAUCAGCAAUGUAUACAUCGUAAUUGUUGUCAGCAGUAAUGCUAAUGUAGCUUGUGCUUUCAAGUUUGUUGUUGAGGCUGUUGCUUUGUUCAAAUCAUAUUUUGGUGGUGCUUUUGAUGAAGAUGCUAUUCGUAAUAAUUUCGUUCUGAUUUAUGAAUUGUUGGAUGAGAUCAUGGACUUUGGCUACCCACAAAAUCUUUCUCCUGAAAUUUUAAAGCUUUACAUUACUCAGGAAGGAGUGCGGUCCCCAUUUUCAUCCAAGCCUUCAGAUAAGCCUGUUCCAAAUGCAACUUUACAAGUCACAGGUGCUGUUGGCUGGCGAAGAGAGGGACUUGUUUAUAAAAAGAAUGAGGUGUUUCUGGACAUUGUGGAAAGUGUGAACCUACUUAUGUCUUCAAAAGGUAGUGUUCUGCGCUGUGAUGUUACGGGAAAGAUUCUUAUGAAGUGCUUCCUCUCUGGAAUGCCUGAUCUUAAGUUGGGCUUGAAUGAUAAAAUUGGGCUUGAGAAAGAAUCACAAUUAAAAUCCCGUCCUGCUAAAAGUGGCAAGACUAUUGAGCUGGAUGAUGUUACUUUUCAUCAGUGUGUAAAUCUUACAAGAUUCAACUCUGAAAAGACAGUUAGUUUUGUGCCACCAGAUGGUGAAUUUGAAUUAAUGAAGUACCGUAUCACUGAGGGAGUUAAUCUUCCUUUCCGGGUAUUGCCAACGAUCAAGGAGCUUGGUCGAACACGGAUGGAAGUAAAUGUUAAGGUUAAAAGUGUCUUUGGAGCAAAAAUGUUUGCUCUUGGAGUUGUCAUCAAAAUUCCUGUUCCAAAACAAACAGCAAAAACAAGUUUCCAAGUAACAUCAGGUCGAGCAAAGUACAAUGCUGCUAUUGAUUGCUUGGUUUGGAAGAUAAGAAAAUUCCCUGGACAAACAGAGCCAACCUUGAGUGCAGAAGUUGAGUUAAUUUCCACGAUGACAGAGAAGAAAUCUUGGACAAGGCCACCAAUUCAGAUGGAAUUUCAGGUUCCAAUGUUUACGGCCUCUGGUUUACGUGUCCGGUUUCUUAAGGUGUGGGAGAAGAGUGGGUAUAACACAGUUGAAUGGGUUCGCUAUAUUACCAAGGCUGGUUCAUAUGAGAUCAGGUGCUAGAAACAUGGGAUUGUAUUGGAUAACUUGAGGAUUUAUGAGAAUAUUUACUUGCUACAUGUUUCAACGAAGUAGAAAGUGAUUCUUACAUGUUUAUCAUCACCUUGAGGGCAAGGGGAAUGAGUCUCCGUUUCCCCCCUGAAGGAUGCAGCUUGUGUUCUGGUUUCUUGAAUUAUUAGGCAAUUUUUUUCCCUCAUAGUGGAGUUAUUGUUAAUAUGAUUAUUUCAAAUGAAUAUGUGGUUGUUAUUUAGCCCUUAUAUAGAACAAAAACCCGGUGCGAUUAUUUCACAAUGUUGUAUUAUUUGCAUAUUGUCACACAUAUUUUGUUGUAACGAUAAAUAGUCAGUUUGGAUUUUCGAAUUGGAUUCAUCUGAUGCCAUCAAUGAUGGAAGCAGUUACUCCACUGCUCCUCUGCUCCCAAUGAUCUCGUGAAAUUUCAGAUAUUCAGAUGCAACAUUUACGUU